ACAUUACUGAACUAAUACGUGCAUGAUGCAUAGAUAGAAUCGGUAAAAGUAUCGGUGUUUGGUAGGAGAAAGUAGAGAUCUCAUAUUGCUGAACUUCAAAUAGGCCUACGCGGUACUGUGAUAUCGAUGCAUAUUUAAGUUUUCAACCCAUUAAUUAAACCGAUUUUUAUUCAAGUUAAGUUUCAUCGCAUCUAACAGAAUGCAAAGUGCUAAGGCGAGCGGUUUCGACGAGGAAGAUGAGCCUCUCAAUGGAGGAAGAAAAUCGUCUAGGCCUGGCGGUGGUGUUAACGAUGGUGCGAAUAACGAAGCAGCUCAGGACUGGGGAUGUUGUACGUAUGUGCUAGUGUUCCUGUCGUACCUUAUUGUCAUAUUCACAUUUCCGUUUUCUCUUGCGUACACUCUCCGUAUGGUACAGGAGUAUGAACGCGCUGUUAUCUUUCGCCUGGGUCUGUUGCUACCUGGUGAAGCUAAAGGUCCUGGUCUCUUUUUUAUUCUGCCCUGCAUUGAUAAUUAUGUGAAGGUGGACCUGAGAACUGUCUCAUUUGAUGUACCCCCACAAGAGAUUUUGACAAAGGACAGUGUCACUGUUGCUGUAGAUGCAGUUGUUUUCUACCGAGUUUUUAAUCCAACCAUGACAAUCACUAAUGUUGUUGAUGCUCAGAAAUCUACCAAAUUUCUUGCUGCUACCACACUGAGAAAUUGUCUUGGAAUGAAGACUCUUGCUGAAGUGCUAUCUGAAAGGGAGAAUUUAAGUACCCAUAUGCAGACUGUCCUUGAUGAAGCUACCGACCCUUGGGGCGUCCAAGUAGAGAGAGUUGAAAUGAAAGAUGUGAGAUUACCAGUGCAGUUGCAGCGUGCCAUGGCGGCAGAGGCUGAAGCAGCAAGGGAAGCGAGGGCAAAGGUGAUUGCUGCUGAAGGUGAACAGAAUUCAUCUCGUGCUCUCAAAGAGGCAGCAGACGUUAUGGCUGAAACACCGGUCGCACUUCAACUUCGCUAUUUGCAAACGUUGAACAUGAUAUCGGCAGAAAAGAAUUCUACGAUUAUAUUUCCCUUGCCCUUGAAUUUGUUGGAAAACCUUCCUGGAUUUCGUAAGAGUAACACCAAUCUUUAGAGUUUUUGCUAAUAGUUGUUAUUAUAUUUGUUAUUAUUACAAGUAUGUUUUAACUGACCAGAAUGGACCCUAAGCAAAAUUCUUGGAUAGACUGGUCAUUUCCAAAGAAAUCUUUGCAUUCAAAAAAUUAAAUGUCCAUGUAAGCAAGGUAUGAUCAGAUUCCUAGGACACCUAUAAUGUAACUAGAAAACAAUACACCAGCAAAAACAAAUUCUGUAAGAAGUUCAAAAAGUAUAAAAGUAGAGUAACAAGGGAUAAUGCAAAACAAAGUGGCAAAUUGCAUUAUAUUUAAUGAUGGGCAAGAAACUCCAUAAAUAUAUCAAUAUUUUUAGAGGUCUUUUCAGGCUACAAUUCACUUAAAUUUAUAUUUUUUCAAUAAGAAAUUCCAUUUUACAAGUCCUUUAAUGGCACAAAAAAGUAAAAAUGUAAGACUAUGUGAAUGUAGGUGUGUUAAUUAUCAAGCAAGAAAUGACAAAGCAUUGGAGUGUUAGAGAGAGAGAGAGUCGGGAUCAUGAAUGAAGAUAAUUAAACAAAAUUCAACGUAUUAAUUUGGGCUAAUUAAUUUAAAGCUUAUUUGUAUUAUUAUAACGUUCGAUAUAGUUUAUAUUUAAAGUUUAGUUGUAAUAACCAAAGGUUUGUUAUUAGCAGGAAAGAAUGAUUUUGAGGUUUUAUGUUGUCAAAGAUAUACAGGACAUGACCCGGUGAGUCAAUAACUUACGAAAAUCAAUUAAAUAUGCCUGUACAAUCCAAACAUUUUCUCUGGAAUUAGUUUAUGUGAUAGUAUUCAUUAUUAAAAAAAUGAAUAAAGGUGCAGGUAAACCUGUAGACAAGGCCAAAUUAUUCAAUCUGUUUUUCACACUUAUUAUUAAACAGACAGGAAUAUUUAAUUUAUUUUAUUUUAAUAUAGUUGCAUAAUAAGUUUAUAUUUAAAGAGUGUAGAUUGUUCAUGAUUAGCUGCACAAGGAUAUUUUUUUUUUCCGAUAGAAUAAAUGAAUUUAAAAAAUCAA